AUGAAUGUGUCGCUUUGUCAGAAUUUGCCUGGAUUAUUUUUAGCGGGGUUUCCGAACUUUUAUUUCGAUUUCUAUUUAUUUCGUUGCUGCGGUAAUCAGAUGUCUCGUUCGAUUUCGUUGCCGGUAAUCAGUUGCCUGUUCCUCAAACAUUACGUUAGCGCUCAAAUACAGUACGAAUGUUGACAGCUUUUCUGCCGGUUGCGUCUAAAUUCACCCACCAAACAGAUUGCGAUUUUGGUCCGUGUUAUGUAUCAGUCUAAUUUGUAUCCAAAAAUUUUGCAAAUCUGGACGAGUUCAGCGAAACAAUGAUAACCGCCUCGGAACCUAUGGAAUUCAUUCCACGGGGUCGCAAGGCGGUGGAUGAGCAUCCAGGCCCCCUCGUGUUGAAAAAACCGGCAACGGUGCCGUCUGAUUUUAUCCUGCUACAGCGGAUGCAAGAUGUGAACAUUUCACUUGACGAGUCGCCUUCGGAGUUUUACACGAUCAGAGAAAUAUACAGCGAGCUCGACGACGGCGGUGUUGAUAUACCGGGCUUCAUGCUUGACGCAAACGUGAACACCGAGGAGGAACUGUAUGUAAAGGGCAAUACUGCCGUCUGGUCGAAAGGCAUAAACAGUGACGAGACAGCUCCUCAUGUUUGCCUAACGUGUGACAAUCCGAUUAAGUUUGCUUUCUUUUGUCCUCGGGAGUUCUUGAAUUCGGACGAUACUAAAGCGAAACCAGAUCCGGGUCAUGAAAAUAAUACCGACCAGUCCGCUUAUACAGGAGUGUGUUUGUUAGACGGAAGCACUUUAAAAGUGUACUGUAGUAAUGGCGAAAAUUUCAUAUCGUCUCUUGAAUGUCCAAUCUCAAACGUAUGGAUUACAAAGAGUGGAGUGUUAUUCGAGAAAGAGCCCUCCAGCACUGUUUUGGAAGCCCAUUCGAUACAAAUGCCUCGACUAUUUUCAUUGACCCACCCACUAGAUGAAAUGUGUCCUGUUCUGAUAAAAAUGAACAAUUCGGUCACUUAUCUCACUGAAGCAGAAUAUCGCUUGGUGUUCACUUGCGAGGAGAAUAAUUUGGUUCUCAUGUUCGAUGAGAAAGCUGGAAGGCAUUUCAUCUGUAUGCUACGCAAAGCGACCGAUGAUGAGAAAAAUACAGUAGGCUGCGGUAACGAUAGUGUAUGCUACUCUAGCAGUGCCUUCAAUAUUAGCACUAGUGCGUCACAACAUAUGAUUUCGGUUACUUCCGCUGCCACGCCACAAUCCUUCUACAAAAGUUCCCUUUUAGCUCGACAUAGCGCAUCAACGGCUGGUCGGCCGAGUUUGGGUGUCACCAUUAGCAGCCCAUACGCAAAUAGUUUGCAUGUAGGACAGAUUGGUUCAUUCAAUUUGAACACUUCCGGUGUAGGCUCAACGAACCGUAGUUUCUUGCAACCACAACACCAAUCUAUGGGUGCAACACCACUAUCGAGACUUCAAUCAACCCUGGGAGGUUCCGCUUCACUUCUGGACGUGAGAAAAAUUGGCCAGGCCGAGCCGUCGAAACCAAUCGUUCCGGAAUAUUGUUUGGAUCACAUAUGGACCGACCAGGCGAACACGUGGAAGGAAUUCAAUGAAAUGGCUUCACUUGGAUUUUUGCACGUGGAUCUCAUAGAGAAUAACUAUCUGUGUUAUUUGCUACCCCGCACAGAGAAGCUGAGUCUGGUGCGCAUUGGUAAAAGCUUAUCAUCGAGUGCGAUUUCCGCAAGCACUUCGUCAGUGCAAAUACCCGCCAAGGAUGCUGUUUCACUCAAAAGAAUGAAUAUGAUUGCCGUUCUGGCUCCCUGCGGAACGCUAAUGCUUUACACCGGACCCGUUCACGUUGGGAAAGUACAUGUUGGUGGCAUACUGAGUAGCUUAGUUACGUCUAGCGCUUUAAGUGCUUCAUUUGGAUCGUCGCAAGGCUUCCGGCGGAGCAGCUUGCUGCCCUCGGUUCUAUCCCAGACAGAUACACGAUUCGACGAAGAGCUGCAUAUGUUGUCUCCGGUGCAGCCACUGCAUCAUGGUCCCAACGUGCUCUCACCCCGAAUGACCAAUUGUCAGGGUAUCAGAGACGGUUCAGGUAAUCGGUUAACGUUGUCUUUUGCAAGCGAAAAAAUGUUUCGCAUAUCCCUCCCGGUAAUGAGUGAGUCUCAUUUGGUGUCUCGCUGCUUGGUAGCCUUACGGGAGACCUUGGAGGAGAGUCUUGCGUUGGAUGUUAUGAUUCGAUGGUAUGGGACCAGAAAUGCGCCCGGAUCGAGAGAUUUCAACGGCGAUCGUGAGUGGAAAAUCUUUCGGGAAAUGCUUUUCCAGUCCAUUGGCAGACCAUUUCCGCCAACCAGUGAGCUUGAUAGAUCUCAAACCAAAUCAUCGUUCGUUGAACCCAAAAAGAGACGCAAAAGUGAGAAUUGUAUGGGCAGCGAUAAUGAUUGGGAGUAUCUGAUGGCGCAUAGCGGACAGAAGCACGUGGCGGAUGAUGCAAAAAAGUCAAUCCCGCCUCUGGCUUACGAUUCAACCAAACAAUUGUUCGUACAUUUGCCAAAUAUUCUGUUCAAACUGCAUUUGCUGUAUGAGGAUAUGAAACUUGAACCGCUGUUAGAGAAUUAUCUCAAAAUGUUGGCUGAGUUUCUAUACGAACUAACGCUAGAUUUAAAGCUGGAAAUAUUUCAGCUACACUACUUCUUGGAUUUUCAACAUUUGGCUCAUCUCCGAUCACACUGUUCCAUACGGAAUGAAGAUAGCAGCAAAUUUAUGAACGUGUCGAAAGACGACUUCGAGCAGGUACCGAACAUCUUUCAAUAUUUACACACCCUAAUAACCAAUCCAACGAACGUGAAUGUGCCUGUGUAUCCCUGCUUUGAAAGAAUCAACUGCCAAAGUCGGGAUAUCAUUUUGAUUGUAGCCUAUCUAUAUAGAGUGAAAGCACUCGCAAAAUGGAUAACGGCACAAUUAGAAUGUCUUCUCGGCUGCACCUACACUCCGAAGACAAACAAUAUAGAAGAAAUAAUGGCGAGCAGCGUGCUUCGCGUAUUAAUCAAAAGAGGUUACAAUCGUUCGAACAUAGAAAGGCUUCCGAUAAGUCUCUAUUAUUUGAUUGCACAGUUUCUCGAAGUCAACCGCAAUAAACCACUGAGUUCGUUCAAGUCGGAAGUGUACGAACUCUUGCUAAGGCCAGAAUUGUUUGCCCACUCUGUUUUUAACGCUCGCACCCAACCCGUAUACAACACAACGAAAAAAACUGUAAACGGGCUAAAAGAACAUUCCCUAUCGCUGCGGCGAAAACCACCACCGGAAAUCAUUCCGAAAAAUGAAACAAAACAAGACGAAAGCGGCAUGGAAAACAUGGAUACCAAACUGUUGAGGCUGCGAUUCCCAGAUGACCUAAGGAUCAAUGACGUAAAAACAUUCCUGAACAGUUGUCAGCCCGUUUUGAUAGAUAUUGUACAAGCUCCAAACGUUUCGGACCACGAGUUCAUCGAGGAACAGGAGAAACAACUCUAUGCGUUGUGCAUCCGUACGAUGGCUCUCCCCAUCGGGCGAGGGAUGUUUACUCUCAGAACGAGUCGUCCAACGGCUACCCAAACUCUACCGAUUCCGAAACUUUGUCUGACCGGAAAAGAAAUCCAUCGAGGGGCCACUAUUGAGAUCCAACAACUCGAGGUUCCCCCGAACAUGAGCUUGUGGCCAACGUUCCACAAUGGCGUGGCUGCUGGUUUGAGAAUCUGCUCCGACACACCCGAUAUCGAUUCCACCUGGAUCACAUACAACAAGCCAAAGGGAGCUACGGAAAUUCCUACUGAACAUGCAGGUUUCUUGAUGGCACUUGGUCUAAAUGGUCAUCUAAAAACACUAUCCUUCAUGAGCAUCUACGAAUACCUUGUGAAGUGCGAUGAAAUGACUAGCUUGGGGCUGCUGCUAGGAAUUUCGGCCACCCAUCGGGGUACAAUGGACACGAAAACCACUAAACUUCUUAGUGUGCACAUUGAAGCUCUAUUGCCUCCAACCGCUGUGGAGUUGGAUAUUUCACAGAACAUCCAAGUGGCUUCGCUGAUGGGCAUCGGACUUGUCUACCAAGGUACUGCCAAGCGCCACAUCGCCGAAGUGCUUCUGCAGGAAAUCGGUAGACCUCCGGGCCCAGAAAUGGAGAACUAUGUGGAACGCGAAUCAUACGCCCUUACAGCUGGAUUGGCGCUGGGUUUGGUUACGUUGGAACAGGGCGAAAAAUCGACCGCUUUGAGGGAUUUGGAUAUCCCGGACACCUUGCACUACUACAUGGUCGGAGGUAAUAAGCGUUCUCUUGUUGGUGCGCAGAAGGAGAAGUACAAGCUUCCCUCAUUCCAAAUCAAGGAAGGUGACACAGUUAAUAUUGACGUUACAGCCCCCGGAGCAACUCUUGCCCUCGGACUGAUGUAUUUCCGUACCGGCAAUGAAGCCAUCGCCAAUUGGAUGAAACCGCCCGAAACGACCUAUUUACUGGAUUUCAUAAGACCCGAUCUAUUGCUGCUUAGGAUUGUUGCGAGGAAUUUAAUUCUCUGGGAUGAUAUUGAUGCUUCAACGGAAUGGGUUCAUGGUCAGAUACCUCAGACACUGUCGGAAAUAAUAAAACAGCGUCUACAAACUGACGACCAACAAUAUCCAGCCGACCAUGAAGCACAGUGUCAGGCAUAUUGUAACAUAGUUUGUGGGGCAGCUAUAUGUAUAGGACUGAAAUAUGCCGGAACGGGUGAAGAACAAGCCUUCGCGAUUCUUAACUAUCUGCUCAAAUAUUUCCUCAAGGUGAGUGGGCGUCCCUUUGGGGACUUUGCCGGAAAACAAACAAUAGAAAACUGCACCAUCAUGAUUCUACUGGCGGUGUCGAUGGUGAUGGCUGGUACCGGAGACAUACGAGUGUUACGAAUCAUAAGAAUGCUGCGAUCGAGAUUCAGUCAAUGUCAUGUGACGUACGGAUCCCACAUGGCAAUUCAUAUGGCUUUGGGAUUCCUAUUUUUGGGCGCAGGUCGGUAUACACUGUCACGUUCUGCGGAAGCGAUUGCGGCCCUGAUUUGCUCCAUUUUCCCGAAGUUUCCGAUUCACAGCAACGACAACCGAUAUCAUCUGCAAGCGUUCCGUCAUCUGUACGUGUUGGCGAUUGAACCCAGACUGUUCCUUCCGCGGGAUAUCGAUAGCGGAAAACUGUGCCUCUGCGAGAUCCACUAUCUUGAGAAAGGAAAGGAUACGCCGAUUAAAGUGAUGGCACCUUGUAUGUUGCCAGAACUUCAUACACUCGAAAAGGUAUAUGUUGAGGAUAAGAAUUAUUGGCAUAUAUACUUCGACCGUGAAAAUUGGGACAUUUUAGAAAAUAUUCUAAAAUCAAGUGGUUGCAUCGACAUAAAACAGCGAGCAGGCUGUUUGUCGUAUUUAGAAGAUCCCAACCGUCUCAAGUCGAUGUUAACUCAAACAUUGACUACGGAUAAAUACACUUCGUGGAAGAUAGAUCCCAAGAGUUUGUUGGCCUUUUCAACCGAUCAAAGAAUCUCGAAUCUAGUAAACAAGUUCCUUCUCCUAUCGGAACACUGUUCGAUAGAUGAAGUCGAACCUAUAUCUACAACUGAGAGGAACAUCGCCCAAAUGUUGGUUCUACAAACAUAUGAUUGUCUCACUCAUGAUAAAAUGCAUGCUCUACCUAUCUUUAUGGAUCUGAUGAACCUCAUCAUCAACUUCGAUUCGUGUAACAAUGCGUCAAAACUAUGGCAAAUUCGAAUUUUAACGGCAAUCAUCACUCGGAGGAAGCCGACCCAGGAAAGCGAUCUGCUCGUAUCCCAGGAUAUGCUACAAUCGCUGAACGAUCGCGUUUGCUCUAGGAUGGCAGACACGCUGAAGGAAAACUCUCACCUCAUUCUCUCGUAUGUCGUUGGAGCAUCUCCCGAGCGUACACUUACCGAAAUACUGACGGAAGUGUGCGGAGAAGGCAGACAGCGGAUCGCCAAGUUGAUAGUAUUCUACGAUUUACCCUUUAAGGUACUCAAUAACGAAAUUCUCAGGAGAUUGGAUAAAACAGACUACCUACAGUUCGUUUGGGGAUUGAAGAAGCAAUACCCAAAACUUCCUUCCCAAACCAUAUGUUUUAUAGCUGAAAUCCUUGGUCUUGGUAAAAUGUGGGAAUCAUGAACGACAGUAUGUAAAAAAAACUAAGAAAUCAUAUAAAUACAUUGGCAGGUGAUGUAUCACUACACUACUAAAA